ACUUUCUCUCUCUUUUUCUCUGUGUUUUCUGCUUCUCUCUCUCUCUCUGUUGCAGAACUGUUCGCCCUAAAUGCUCUGAAUCCAAAAUUCCAGAGCUUCAAUUCACACCCCAACUCUGCCGGAGCUCCGACAAAUGACCUUUCUGCACUCAUCUUCUUCCUCCCUCCUCCUCCAUCUCUUUUGACUUUCUUUCUUCUUUCUUCUCUCCGCUCAUGGACCCCACUGAUGCCGACCUCGCCGAUCCUUCUCAUGUCCGCCUUUCCGUUUCCUCUGAACCUUCCUCCGCCUCCGCUGCUGGCGCCAAGUACAAGCUACUGUCUCCGGCUAAGCUCCCGAUCUCCAGGUCCCCUUGCAUUACCAUCCCUCCCGGUCUCAGUCCCACUUCCUUUCUCGAGUCUCCCGUUUUGCUCACCAACUUAAAGGUAGAGCCUUCUCCGACUACCGGGUCCUUUACUAAGCUUCCAAUGGCACACGACUCUUCUAGCUCAGCUAUUUAUUCAAUGACCACCAUGGCUUUCUCAAAUACGCAUGCCUCAGACGAAGGAAGAUCCAGCUAUUUCGAGUUCAAACCUUAUGCUGGACCGAAUAUGGUUCCUGCAGAUUUGAGUCAUCGGAAAGGCGAACAAUCCAGAGAAGUUCAAGUUCAGGGCCAACCUCAACCAUUUACUGCUCCGCCCAUGACUAAAAGUGAGAUCAACGUCAAUUCUAAUGAUUUGAGUCGGUCGAUUCAGAUGGAUACAGUUGCCUCGAGGGCUAGUGUUCCUGAAGUUGAUGGAGACGAUUUCAACCAUAGUUUGAACACAAAUACCAGGGUUCAGCCCCAACAAUCUGAUCCAAAAGCCAGUGGCAUUCAAGUAGUUUCUGAUAGGUUAUCUGAUGAUGGAUAUAACUGGCGUAAGUAUGGACAGAAGCAUGUUAAAGGGAGUGAAUUUCCGCGUAGCUAUUAUAAAUGUACCCAUCCUAACUGUGAAGUGAAAAAACUCUUCGAACGCUCUCACGAUGGACAGAUAGUCGAUAUUAUCUAUAAGGGUACCCAUGAUCAUCCUAAACCUCAGCCAAGUCGGCGAUAUUCUGCCAGUGCUUCGAUGAAUGUUCAAGAAGAUGGGCCUGAUAAGCCUUCACCUUUAACUGGUCAAGAUGACAGGUCCUGCGUAAUAUAUGCUCGGGCGGUGCGUACCAUUGAGCCAAAUGGAACUCCAGAACCAUCCCAUGCUGCUAACGAUAGCAUGGCCGAAGGCGUAGGAACAACUCUGCCACCCAGGAGUCAUGAUGAGGUUGACGAUGAUGACAUAUUCUCGAAGCGGAGGAAAAUGGAACUUGGAGGUUUUGAUGUCUGCCCAAUGGUUAAGCCGAUCAGGGAACCACGUGUUGUGGUUCAAACUCUAAGCGAGGUUGAUAUACUGGAUGAUGGGUAUCGCUGGCGUAAAUACGGCCAGAAGGUAGUGAGAGGAAACCCGAACCCAAGGAGUUAUUACAAGUGCACAAAUGUUGGAUGCCCUGUUAGAAAACAUGUUGAAAGAGCAUCCCAUGACCCAAAAGCUGUUAUAACUACAUACGAGGGGAAACAUAAUCACGACGUUCCCACAGCAAAAACGAGUAGCCAUGAGGUCCAAGGCUCAUUGACAAUUGCACCAUCAAGGUACAGACUUGAAGAGAGUGACACCAUAAGCCUUGAUCUUGGCGUUGGCAUUGGCGCCGGUGGUGAGAAUAGAUCGAACGAAUACAGGCAGGCAUUUCAUUCUCAACUUGCUGAAAACCAAAAUCCAAAUGGCAAUUUCAACUUCGAAAUAGUUCAAGAAAACUCACCCCCAGCCUAUUUCGGUGUUCUCGAUCGGGGUAUAAGCCAGCACGGAUCAAGAGAGAGUUUAAGCGAAAGCCGCACCAUGUCGCUAAACCAUUCGUCUCACCCAUAUCCUCCUAGCAUUGAGAGAAUACUAACAGGGCCAUAAGUUUCAAGCUGUGAAAACAAAGAUGCUGCUGUUUUUUUAUCUCCUAUAUUGCUUUCUUUUCAUGUGGAUGAUCUAGGACAGGACAAAAAGUGAAUAUGUGGAAUAUUAGAGUUCUCUUAUGUUGGGGCUAAGCCUUAGUUCUCAGUCAAUACAUGUAAAAAUAUGAUAUGAACCACCUGGUUUUAUUUGUUUACACAGAAGAUGUAUCUUUACAAUGUAAUUCUAAUACUGAAAAUUCAAGUAUUAGCCAA